AUGUCGUCGUUCAAUAUGAAUGAAUUCAACGAAAUUCUGGACAAGUGCCGUGAUAAAUCAUCUCAAAAAGAACAGGAUGAGACAUUGCUGCAACCGUUCUCAUACAUCCAACAAAUUCCUGGCAAGCAGGUUCGCUCGAAACUAGCGCUAGCAAUAAACCAUUGGCUAUCCAUUCCCAACGACAAACUGGCCGCGAUAAGUGAGAUAGUCCAAAUGCUACACAAUUCUAGUCUGCUCAUCGACGAUAUCGAAGACAAUUCUAUCCUCCGCAGAGGUAUCCCGGUGGCACACAAAAUUUACGGCGUUGCGAGCACCAUCAAUGCGGCCAAUUAUGUCCUAUUUUUGGCACUGGAGAAGGUACAGCAGCUCGGUCAUCCGGACGCGACCCUCGUAUAUACGGAGCAGUUGCUGGAGCUGCACCGGGGCCAGGGUAUGGAAAUCUAUUGGCGCGACAAUUUUGCCUGUCCCACCGAGUCCGAAUACAAGCAGAUGACAAUUCGUAAGACGGGCGGACUGUUCAUGCUUGCCAUCCGGCUGAUGCAGCUUUUCAGUGACAAUCGGACCGAUUUCAACAAACUAACGGCAAUCCUAGGGCUGUACUUCCAAAUACGGGAUGAUUAUUGCAACCUUAGCAUGAAGGAAUAUUCGGAAAACAAAAGCUACUGUGAGGAUUUAACGGAGGGAAAAUUCAGCUUCCCGAUCAUUCACGCGGUACAGACGCAAAAGUACGAUAAGCAAGUUCUACAUAUUUUACGCCAACGAACGCGCGAUGUUGAGGUCAAGAGGUAUUGCAUUUCGUUGCUGGAAAAGUUGGGCAGUUUUCAGUACACUCGUGACGUACUUGACGCACUCGACAAAGAGGCUCGCAAAGAGGUGAAAAGUCUUGGACCAAAUCCAAUUAUGGAAGCACUACUAAACGAUUUGCUUAGUUGGAAACAACUCGCCGACAUUGGGGACGAUGAAACGAAGCAAUCGUAA